AGAAGUGGGGACCGGAGAGAGGGGAGAAGAGACGCGGACUAAAGGGAGCGAAGGGGGGAAGGGAGCGUGUGGAAGCGCGGGGGCGGGCACGGGGCGGGCACGGGGCGGCGCUGGGCGCUGGGACUGUCGCCGUCGCCGAGAGACAGCCGGGUGGACCCAGGGCCUCGGGAUGCAGCCGCCGGUGCCCACACCCCUGGCCCCGCUGGACGCCGCAGAAGGGCUUGCAAGGAGGAAGAAGACGUCACUCUGGUUUGUGGGGUCUCUGCUGCUGGUGUCCGUCCUUAUAGUGACCGUCGGGCUGGCCGCCACAACCAGGACGGAGAACGUGACCGUGGGGGGCUACUACCCUGGGAUCAUUCUUGGCUUUGGAUCCUUCUUAGGAAUUAUUGGCAUCCACUUGGUGGAGAAUAGAAGACAAAUGCUGGUGGCAGCGAUAGUGUUUAUCAGCUUUGGUGUGGUGGCCGCCUUCUGCUGUGCCAUCGUGGACGGCGUGUUUGCCGCACGACACAUUGAACCAAGGCCCCUCACCACGGGAAGAUGCCAGUUUUACUCCAGUGGGGUGGGGUACUUGUACGACGUCUACCAGACAGAGGUCACCUGUCACUCCCUGAAUGGCAAGUGCCAGCUGAAGGUGAGAAGCAACACGUGCUACUGCUGUGACCUGUACACCUGCGGGAGUGCGGAACCCUCACCCGCCUACUACGAGUUCGUCGGCGUCCACAGCUGCCAGGACGUCCUGCACCUGUACCGCCUGCUCUGGGCCUCUGCAGUUCUGAACAUUUUGGGCCUGUUCCUGGGGAUCAUCACCGCCGCCAUCCUGGGGGCCUUCAAGGACAUGGUGCCUCUGUCCCAGAUGGCCUAUGGCCCGGGCGUCCCUCCACAGACCCUCUACAACCCUGCCCAGCAGAUUCUGGCCUUCGCAGGCUUCCGCCCGACGCCCGAGCCCGUCCCGACCUGCUCAUCCUACCCUCUGCCCCUUCAGCUUGCUGGGAUGAAGUGCAGGGAGGACGUGGCAUCACAGCAGAGGAUGAGUUCCCGUCCCGUUACUAAGAAACGUGCCGUUCCUUCUCCUCUGAGGUUACUCGUGGGCAGGGCCUGUCCCUAGGGGGGCCCUGUCCAUUCAGUGGUUAACCCCGUGGUCCUGGGGUUUACUCUGUGGAUUCUGGUGAUUACUCCAUGGAUUCUGGGGGGGUUACUGCAUGGGUUCUGGGGUUUACCCCAUGGGUUCCUGUGGGGUUUACUCAAUGGAUUCUGGGGGGUUACUCCGUGGGUUCUGGGGGCUACUCCAUGGUCCUGGUGAUUUAUUCAGUGGUUCCUGGGAAUUAACUCCAUGGGCUCCUGAGGGUUUAGGCUGUGGUUCCUGGGGGAUUACUCUGUGGAUUCUGGGGGGUUACUCUGGUUCCUGGGGGAUACUCCGUGGUUCUUGGGGGCAGUUAUUCCGUGGUUCCUGGGGGUUACUCAGUGGAUUCUGGGGAUUUACUCCAUGGGUUCUAGGCAUUUACUCCAUGGAUUCUGGCAGUUUACUUGGUGGCUCCUGGAGGGUUACUCCUUGUCCUGGGGGUUUACUCCAUGGGUUCUGGGGGUUACUCCAUAGUCCUGAGGAUUUACUCCAUGGGUUCUGGGGGUUACUCCAUGGGUUCCUGGGGUUUACCCCUCAGUUUCCUUGACGGCUCAUCUGUCAUGAAGGACAGAGUGAACACUAUGGAGGUGGAAAAUGGGAGCUCCCAGCAGACUUGAUAUUCCCUAGUUUCUCACUCUGUCGCCUGUGGCUGGAAACCUGUGUGAGUUUCAGGGGUAGAAAGAAAUGAGGUUGGCAGGCAUCCCUGAGCCACUGGAUCCCACGAGCCUGGCUGUCAGCCUCAGCAUCACAGUCUCUCUGAGCAAGGGCCCCAUUCUCAGCCUUACCUACACCCGUGUAGAAAUUCUCCUCUCAGGAUCCAGAGGUCUUGCUGGCUCCCAGGGUGUCUGCAAUGCAGGGCUCUCUAGGGAGAAGCUUCUCAUGGAACCCUGCACGCCAGGGCUCAAGCAGGCAGCUGGAUUCUCGGGGGACCCUGCAUGUCGGGGCUCAGACAGGCAGCUGGGUUCACGGGGGACCCUGAACACUGGGGCUCAGGCAGGCAGCUGGAUUUUUGGGGGACCCUGCACGCCGGGGCUCAGACGGGCAGCUGGAUUUUUGGGGGACCCUACACGCUGGGGCUCAGGCAGGCAGCUGGAUUUUGGGGGACCCUGCACGCCAGGGCUCAGGCAGCUGAUUUUUGGGGGACCCUGCACACCAGGGCUCAGACAGGCAGCUGAAUUUUUGGGGGGCCCUGCACGCCGGGGCUCAGACGGGCAGCUGGGUCCUUGGCUUCUUGGGAUCCUGUGACCUGGUGCAACGUGAGCACACUGCACACUGCACAUCUGGUAGCUUGGAGUUUAAAAAACUCAGCCUGUGUUAUUUCUUAGAGUUUAUUUAAAAUUUGAUUUCAAGAAAGAGGUUUUUAGCCCCUAGAAUUUAAGGGAGAAAAAAAUAAAAGAAUUAAGAUGUGUGUUGGCAGCUGGAGGGACGCUGGAAUUGACUGAUUUCAAAUCUGUGCCGUUCCUCACCGUUCUGCUCCCACCAUCACCUGAGUGGGGCCGUGUAUGAGAGUCAGGGCUCAUGAAGGAAGCAGAGCCCACUGGGGAACGUGGGGCCCUCUCUGUGAAGAGAGCUCGAUCGGUCGAUUCUGAAUACCUGGCUGGCAACUGUGGGGCUGCAGGUGCAUGACCACAGGGAGGGGGCUGAGACUGGGGAGGGUGAUACUGCCUGGGAGUCCCAAGGCCGCUGGGCAGAGUCCAUUCCUCCUGGGGACUGCAGCCCCUUUCCUUAAGGCCUGCAGUGGAGACGAGGGGCUGUACACAAAGUCGACUGAUUACAUGUCAGUCACACCCGAAGGCGCCUCCACAGCCGCACCCAGACUGGUGUCGGAGCCCCUGGGUCAGCCACGGUGACACCGAACCAGCCACACACUGCUGGACGCAGGGGUUCCCAUGCAGGCCUUUCCUACAUGUGAAGUGUUGGGUGAUGCCUGUUGGCCCCUGGCCAUUUUGGAGUGAGGCCAGAGUCUCCCUUGCUGUGAGGAAGUGGAAUGUGCUGUGGGCCCAGCCUUCCUGGGGUGUCCACUCCGUGUGCAGCUGCGGAAGCCAAGGUUGUGCCAGUGAGGCCCCAGCCACCCUCUCCUGUUGUGCCAGGGCCAGAACUGCUCUUUCCAGUGGCCUUGGAUCUGCAGGGGGCCUGUGGGAGAGGCUCUGGGUCUGCAGGGGCCCGUGGGAGAGGCUCUGGGUCUUCAGGGGGCUGUGGGAGAGGCUCUGGGUCUGCAGGGACCCGUAGGAGGGGCUCUGGGUCUGCAGGGGGCCGUGGGAGAGGCUCUGGGUCUGCAGGGGCCCGUGGGAGAGGCUCUGGGUCUGCAGGGACCCGUAAGAGGGGCUCUGGGUCUGCAGGGGACCCGUGGGAGAGGCUCUGGGUCUGCAGGGGGCCGUGGGAGAGGCUCUGGGUCUGCAGGGGCCUGUGGGAGAGGCUCAGGAUCUGCAGGGGACCCGUGGGAGAGGCUCAGGGUCUGCAGGGGACCCGUGGGAGAGGCUCAGGGUCUGCAGGGGGCCAUGGGAGAGGCUCAGGGUCUGCAGGGGUCCGUGGGAGAGGCUCUGGGUCUGCAGGGGACCCGUGGGAGGGGCUCUGGGUCUGCAGGGGCCCGUAGGAGGGGCUCUGGGUCUGCAGGGACCCGUGGGAGAGGCUCAGGGUCUGCAGGGGGCCGUGGGAGAGGCUCAGGGUCUGCAGGGGUCCGUGGGAGAGGCUCAGGGUCUGCAGGGGACCCGUGGGAGAGGCUCAGGGUCUGCAGGGGACCCGUGGGAGAGGCUCAGGGUCUGCAGGGGCCUGUGGGAGAGGCUCUGGGUCUGCAGGGGCCUGGGGGUGUGGCCCUGACAUCUGUCUGGCUUCCUUGGGCUCCAGUGCGGGGGUCUCACCUGCUGACCCGGGACCCUC